ACUGCUCACGGAAGAGGAAAACACAGAGCAGCCUGUGACGAUAGAGCAGCCACUAUUCAACACAAGUUGUGCUUGGAUGUCGAAGCGCGCAUUGUAAAUUUAGAAAGAAAAACAAAGCAAGGAAUAUCGGGAAAAUGGUGAACGCUAAAAAAGAAGACGCCGUGAAAGACAAGAAAACGCCAAAUACGAUCAGAAAUGAGCAACAAAAGUUAAAAUCUCGAGUAGCAGCGAAAAACCGGCGAAAGAAUGAGAGCGAAAAUAUCGAACAGCUCACCCGACUCGUACCAUGUAUUCCAGAAAACCCCCCGGAUAAGUCCACUACUAUUCGAUUAUCAACGAGCUACAUAGCCCUGAUGAAAGUUCUGAACGGAAGUCGCAGUAGAAAUAUGAUAGGUAAUGGAUGUUCCGAGACAAAGGGCAUUGAAAACUUGAGCCUGGAGAUUAUGGAUGGGUUUAUUAUUAUACUCUCCAGAGAUGGCAUAAUAACGUUUGUGAAUGAAAAAGUUGUCAACUACCUAGGAUUUCCACCGCACGAGUUGAUGGGAAGAAAGAUUUAUAACUUUGUUUUAAGAAAGGACUGGGAGUUGGUCGCCAAGAAGUUGAGAGGUCCAUUACCAUCCAUGGAUAACCCCAAUAUCAAGGAACCACAAGUUGACCCUGAUGAUGUUAUCUGUGAACCAGAUGCCUCAGAAAUGUUCGGUCCAAUGUUUGAGAAUGUGACAUGGCUAGAAAAAGUACAAUUUUCCGUACGAAUGCAGUGUAACUUAAUCCGAAAGGCGAGUUCCACAAAAAGUACCAAUUUCCAGAUCGUGAGAUUCACAGGACGUUUGAACAACGAUGGUUUCUUUCUCGGCACAGGAGAGCAUGCGUGGUCUCCUGAUUUGGGCGAUCUGCCUGUCUACGAACCAGCAUUUAUCAGCCGGCUUUCACCUGAUCUGAAACUGCUAUUUUGCGAAGGCAGAAUACAUCGUUAUAUGGACGCGGAAGCCAAAGACAUCGUUGGUCGAGUUGUGUAUCCAUUUUAUCAUCCGACGGAUAUAUUUCAUAUCCAAAAAAUGCACUCAAAAUUGCUUGCUGAGGGAAAAGUGACAACAGUCCCGUAUCGCUGGAUGAACAAGGAUGGUGGUUGGGUAUGGCUGAAGUCGACAACGACACGAAUACAGGAUGAUAAGACAGGCAGAACUUACAUGGUGUGCGUGAACUAUGUUCUCAGUGCCAUUGAAAACAAAGGAGUGAUGGUCGGAGUGAAUCCGGAAACCCAGGAAAAGGUGAUUGAAAAACCCAUUGAAAAAGAGAACGAGAAUGACUCUGACGAUGCGUAUUUGGUCGACUCGCUUACAGAGGCUUUCACGAAAAGCAAUCCAUUCGGCCAACCGAAGCAUUUGACCGGAGAAAUUGAAGACGCUCGUGUACAAAAUGUGUUCAGCAGUAAUUUCCCGAGACAAGAACCGCGUUAUUCCCCCUCAUUUACGUCGCAAGAGCAGAGAGCGAAGCCUUUGCAGGAGUUUUACUCGCAACAAACACAUCAGGAGGAACCCGUUCGGCAGUUCGAUCAUUUUUCAGCGCCACAAAGGGACGCAUCUUGGAGAGCCGAGGACCAAUUAGCCCAACUACUUCAACACAACGAUUUGCCGCAAGGACUGCAAACGAACAAGAUGGAGCAAAUUUUACUGGAGGAUUUAUUAAAUGGACAAUUCCCAGCUUUAAAUGGGCCAGUUUCUGGCAGGUUUCCAACGCAAGGAGAGUCAGUUUAUUCUCCUGGAAAUAUUUACGAGUUGGACCAAGAUGAUCCAAGGCUAUUACAAAGCAAUGGUGCUGAGGAACCGUUCGCACACCAGAGCAACGAGUUUGUUCCACCGCAAGAUCAGAUUAAGCUUGAAUCUGGAUUUCCAGAAGAAACUGAUCUCUAUGGCAUGCUUGAUCUUCCUCAAUUCCACACUGAAGAAGAAUGUCAUCAGGAAGACAUUGCAUAUAAAGCUUCUCUGUAUCUCUUUACAAACGAUAUGCCAACGAUCGAUGAUAAAUUCCCAGAAACUUUGAUGUCUCAACCAGGAAACCAACCAGGAACACUGCCCAAUGACCAUCAAAGACACAAUGGUUUUACACAUGGCAUGCAUGUGGACCAGUCGGAACAAUUAUUUUUAAACUUUCCAAAAGUGAAUGGAAAUAACAACAUUCUGUCAAGCGGUUUCAUCGACCCAGCUGGUUUGAACAACAGUGACCCAUUAAAUGGAUUUGCUGAGCAAGCCAGUAUCUUUGACUUUGAUCCAACGUUACUGAAUCAGUAGACCUCGAGAAAAUCAGAAAGAGUCAGUCCCUCUGACUUAUGAUAUACACAGGAUGUACUAGAAACCAUCCAUAGUUGAGUGUGUGUCAUUGACCACAUCUCUCAUGGUGAAUUAUCAAGUCUUGUUUUAUUUUAGUUGUAAUUGUUGUGGACAUGUCAAGGUGGUUGAAGUUGUAGGGUAUUGCUAAGUAUGUGCGGUCAACAAUUACCCUAAAUUGAAUAUGGAAAAUUAAGACAAUUUCACAUUGGUAAAAAUGACUUGUUCACAACAAUGACAACAAAAUAUCAACUAGGCUUUGAAUAGCAUUAAGAGGCUGGAUAAAUUGUAAAAGCAAAAUGAAUAUAUAUUGUGUCAAAGAGCCUUCUUGCCUGCCAUAUACAUUGUGGAUUGGUAACACAUUAAAAUUAGAAACUACACAUGAAACUGAUUAAAUUAGACGCAGCAUAAUAUGUAGUUACAUAUUAUUGUAGUUAUAUGAAAGUGAAAAAUGAAAAACCCUGUGAAAUAGUACCAGGUUAAUUAAAGUAUUUAGAGCUAGCUGGGUUUUUUUAUUUAGAUAGAUAAUGCUGUAUGAUUGAUUGUAUGACAAUGAAGUUAGUUAUAAGUACUAAUUCACUAAAAUUCACGAAUGCUAUACUUAAUAAGCACUUCAAUUCACAUGUAUUGUAUAUAAUCCACUACCAAAUUACUGUUUGUAUAUAAUCCACUACCAAAUUACCAAAGACUGUACGCAAUAAAAUAUUGUAUAAGUAGAAUUAUAAUUUGUAAUAUAUAAUUUGCCAAUUAAUCAAACUCGACUGUACAAAUGGCACAUUGGAUUUACAGAAGAUAAUAAUGGCAAAGCAGUUCGCCCAAAUUUGUAAAAAACUCUGUCAACUAUUUGAUUAUAAACUAACU